AUGGCGAAAUUAAGUGAAUUGGCGAGCGACCACAGCUCUGAGGAGGAAUCAGAAGUGUCCAGCGCAGAGGAAGUUUCCUCUCAUUCUCCUGACGUUUCGGGUGGAAAGAAUAGUAAGAAGGGAAAUCAAACCAAAUCUUCUGAAGCAGAUGAUUCAAAUUCUUUAAACGAUUAUGUUCGUGCUGAAGGAGAACCUGUUGUGACAAAGGAAGGAUUAGAUAAUGAAUCCGGUGUUUUCUUGGUUCGUUUACCACCUGACAUGGCAUUGGAAGAUAUAACAGAUCUGAACUUGGGAGGAAAGCCUUCAAUAGCUGCAAACUCAUCUACCGCGGAAUCUUUCCAGAUACGCCAAGAAUCUCUUGGAUCCGUACGUCUAUUUGUGCCUGAUGAAAAAGGAUCAUACUCUGCAAGUGAAAUAAGAACAGGUUACGUCGUGUCAGAGACACCUAGAAUUGUUUUGAAUGGAAGUUCUAAGGAAAAUGACCAAACAACUGAUAAUGCUGAUGGAAAAAUCCCUCAGGUCAAAAAUUUAAAACAACAUUUCCGACCUAUUGGAGCUGUAUACACUACAUCAUCUACCGAAAAGACAGUUCCUUCUACAAGUGCUGCUGAACCUACAGAAGAACAAAAGGAGGAGCGACCUGAAAGUAAAAAGAGAUCACGAGAUAAAAAGGAAAAGGGAAAUGAGGAUAAGGAAAAAGACAAGAAGAAAAAGCACAAAAAGUCAAGUAAAAAGGAAAAGAAUUAG